AAAAAAAUCAAUGGUAAUUAAGUAAAAGUAAAAGAACGCAAGAAAUGCAGACAUUUUUAACCUUGGAGCCAGUGAAUGUAGUACUUUUAAAGCAUAGGACAAAACCUAUGUUUCGUUCUUUUCAUGUUGCUGCAGGAAAUUGGACAAAUACAUAUAUUAGUGCACAUAUUUGCACAUAUACCAGAUCAACUAAAAAAUCUGUGACUCGGCUGUGACAUUUUAAACUUAGUUUGAACUAUUGAUUAUGUGAUUGUUGAUUUGUUUUCAUGUAGUAAUCCAACAAAGGGGAAUCACUAGUAGCUUUUUUUUUUAGAAUCACUAAGGUCACAUUUUUCAACACAUAUAGCAUGGAUUGGCACUUAUAGGAUUGGAUUCACUUCAUUUCCACUCCAUCUGGAAAUGAUCCAACACUGUAAGAGCUAAUCUAUUCCUGUGGUUAUUUAUUCAACACCUUUUAAUCGUGCUUAUUUGCUUUUUGUGUUAAAAUCUCCUUGGAAAUGUGGCUGUGGAAAAGAUUUAUGAUGUUAGUGUUCGUGCCAUGUCUGUUAUGAAAUGAGACAGAACUCGUAUAGAAUGAGACAGAACUCGUCAGUUGGUGAAUUGUGGCGUGUGUGGAUGAGGACUUCUAUAUUCCUCCGCCUCCCUCCACCCUUUAUAGGAUGUGUUAUCUGAUUCAUCAUACACACACACACACACACACAGAAUCCACGGUGCUGGAGUUGUCUUUGGAGGCUGGAGGAACCCGGAGGCGCGCUCAAAUGGCUCCGCUACAGAUCAUUGUGUUGGUUUUGCAAACCUGACAGUCACAACCCCAGCGCAAAACUAACCCCCUGUGAGAUGUGGCUGAGAUGUGACGUCCCCGCGCUCGUGCGCACCUGACGUCUUUUUUGCAAGUGUACAAGUUGAAUAGUGUGCCUUGGCACCCGGUACCGGAGCGCCAUGCCCUCGGAUACACGGCGCGCCGCAUCAUGCUGAGCCGCUCGGCCGCUCUCGUGCUCACCCUGAGCGCCGUGGCGGGUCUCGCACCGCGUUCGGGGGCCUGGAGCGAUGACAAGCUGGUGGCAGCGCCCAUCAACUCCACCAGCGGCUUUCUGGCCAGCCUGGAGGUGGGCUACUCGAAAAGGUCGGUGGCAGCAAGCGAGGAUGACGACGCGUCUUCCAGGUGCAACGUGAGCGUGGAGAGGCUGCCGGCCAAGCUGGUGGCGCGCUGGGACGGAGACUUGGGCUUGCGCUGCGACGUGCUCGUGUACACCACCAACAGCCACGGGAAGGCGUUCUUCUCGGCCGCCUUCAACCGCGCCGCGUCGCCGGUUUUCAUCGAGCACGUGGGCGUCGCGGGCGCACAGCAGGAGUUCAGGCUGUGCAUUGGAUGCGGUCUCUCCCGGUUCAGGCGCUUCGGCCGAUCCAGACCGGACACCGCGGACAGCGUGCACUUCUGCUGCCUUGACUUCGCCUUAGACGAACUCAAAGGAGACCGGAGCUGGAGGCUGAAUCGGAAACCCAUCGAGUCCACGCUCGUCGCCUGCUUCAUGACUCUGGUUAUUAUCAUAUGGAGCGUGGCUGCCCUCAUAUGGCCGGUGCCCAUCAUCGCGGGCUUCCUACCCAACGGAAUGGAGCAACGGAGACCCAGAUAAACCCUUUUAUAACCAAACUGGCUUUACUUCCUUCACCGUGCGCCAAUGUCGUUAAUUGGCAUAUAGGAUAUUCUGGUCAGAUAGUAAUAUUAUCAUGUUUAAAAAGUCUUUAUAGAAUCUGUAAAACGUGCAAAAUAGAUUUCAUGUGUUUUUUUAAUGGGUCUAUGAAUAGAGAGUAGGCCUGAGUAUUAGCCUAUAUUUAUUCAGCUGUCUCUUAAAAAAUGUUUGUAUUGUUUUUAAUCUUAAACGUUCUUCAUAUUAUUGAGAGGACUGUAGAAACGGUUUAUUUGUUAUGGGGAUUUUUUAAGACACACAAAAAAUGUCCUUGUUGGCUUUACUGUAUUUAUAUUUGUAAAAGCUAAUAAAAUGUGGAAGUCCA